GGUUAUUGUGGAAAGCGUUCUUGUAAUUGGGAUAAGACCUUAUAACCUACUACCUUAGAGACAUAUUUUUUUAUUUUUUCUUAUUUAAGUGAUCUGGCAUUUCCCAAAUGAUAGAAAACCAUAAAUAGUGCUCUACAUAUUUUAAAUUUUGCGAUAUUGAAUUGUGGAAAGUUUAUUUGGUGGGCGACAUUGUCGAGGCAAAAAAUAUGGACGAAGAAGAUUUAAUUUUUUAUAACUUGGAGAAGGCUUGUAAAUCUGUUCUGAUUGAGAAUGAGAACCAAACGAAUAUAAUUGAUGUUUCAGAAAAUCACUCCUACUUUGACAAAAAACAUAAAUGUGAAUAUUACAUUUCGGAACAUUUAGAAUCUCGGCAAAAUGUUGGUGCCAAAGAGUUGCAAAAUGAAUAUGAAGAUAUGAAUUAUCAUGCAAAGCCUAUAAUAGAUAUUACUACAACUAAAACAGAUAAUGUUUUUUUCAAAACCGAUAGAAGUGAAAUUUCGAAAAUUAACAACACAGCAAAAAAGAUGAACUCCAGUCAAGUGAAAAAUUGUUUUUCAACAGUUUUAAAUGACUGCAGGCUAACAAAGGAUCAACUAGAAACAUCUUUAGCACUGUUACAAGCAGUAAAAUAUUGCAUCAAUUCUGGUAGAAGCGAGAUGAGCAAGCACAGAAAAGGUAAAGUUAGGUUCAGGCUACCAUGAAAAGGAUGGAUUUCAGAGUAUUAUUUGAAAGGUUUUCCUAAAAUGUUCUUGAAAAUAAAUUGAAACUAUGUCUCUGUGUAUAUAUUUUCAAAUAAAGCAACAAAUUUAUACAUGA